GGACAGAGGAAGGAAGAGAGGGCGAGGAGGGAGGAGAGAGGAGAGGAGAGUGCUGGGAGUACCAUGCUCCGUCUGCCUGCCCGUGGACCGGUCUGACUUGUCACUGAGUCUCUCGGACUAACAAUGUGUUUCAGUCGCAGAAAACUGUAAGUAGUUUUGAAAGAAAGAGAGAAAGAAGAAGGAGAGGAAGAAGAAGAGUGGGGAGACAACAGACGGGAACACAGAGGUGUCGCGCGACACUGUGGAGGUGCGCAGGAUGGACGACAGUGCGUUUAAAACCACUGGAUCUCAGUGGCUGCUGCCUGUCAGUGAAUACCUGGGCUUUCCUCUCGAUCAGGUAAAUUUUCUGGCAUGUCAGCUCUUUGCCCUGGCUGUUGCGUUCUGGUUUCGUCUCUACCUAAGUCCUCACCAUGCUAACCCCCUGGUCAGACAUGCUGUGGCCACCUUACUCGGCAUUGCCUUCCUCAUCUUCUGCUUUGGAUGGUUCUCUGCUCACAUUCUGAUGGUGGUGGCUGUGAAUUACCUGAUCACUGUGAAAGCUGACAUCAGCAGUGUGCACAGGUACUCCAUGGUGAUCGCUAUGGGCUAUCUGACAGUGUGCCAAGUAAGCCGAGUCAUCAUAUUCAACUAUGGAAUACUGUCCACCGACUUCUCUGGGCCUCUGAUGAUAGUAACUCAGAAGAUCACCACACUGGCUUUCCAGCUCCAUGAUGGUAUUUCUAAGAAAUCUGAGCAGCUCACCCCACAGCAGAAGCUCCAUGCCAUAACUGUCAGGCCAUCUCUCAUCGAGUACCUGAGCUACAAUCUGAACUUCCUGAGUGUCCUGGUGGGGCCGUGCAGUAACUAUAAGGAUUACAUUGAUUUUAUAGAGGGCAGACACAUCAGCCAGAGGCUUCAGCAGCACGUGGGGAUUUGUAAUGGACAGAAUGGCUAUGACAAGACACCAGACCCAUCACCUCUGACAGCCGUCUGUCACAAGCUGCUGGUCUGCUGUGGCUGUAUGCUGUUUUUCCUCACCGUGACUCGGUCCUUGCCGAUCAUGUACAACGUGGACCCCCACUUUGUCAGCCACGCCCCCUUCCUCACCAGGCUCGCCUAUGCUUUCUUCUCCAUACAAGCAGCGAGGCCCAAAUUCUACUUUGCCUGGACACUCGCCGAUGCUGUGAACAACGCUGCGGGGUAUGGCUUCUCUGGGAUGGAUGAACAUGGAAAACCAUCGUGGGAUCUCGUCUGUAACCUCAACAUCUUUGGAAUUGAGACUGCAACAAGCUUUAAGACAUUCAUAGACAACUGGAAUAUUCGGACAGGAAUUUGGCUCAAAAUUGUGUGUUAUGACCGAGCCCCCAAACACCGGUUGGCACUGACGUUUAUACUGUCGGCCCUGUGGCAUGGUGUUUAUCCAGGGUAUUAUUUCACCUUCAUCACUGCCAUCCCCAUCACCAUAGCAGCACGUGCUAUACGAAGGUCUAUUCGCCACCGCUUCCUGGACUCCAGAGGCCUGAAGCUGUUUUAUGACAUCUUAACUUGGGCAGCCACCCAGCUGGCCAUCUGCUACACGGUCAUGCCUUUUCUACUUCUGGCAGUAGAUUCCACAUUGGUUUAUUACAGGUCCAUGUACUUCCACAUGCACAUCAUCAGCAUUCUGUCUGUGAUUGCCCUGCAUCACAAGCACAAACCCAGAGACCCCACUGCCACCACUAAAACACCUCCCUCCUCCUCCUCGUCUUCAUGCUCACACCAGUGCCAGCCUGUUCACUCCAACAACAAUGACAAAGUAGACUGAACAUCCCCUCCUCGCCGUCAUGUACCAUGGUUUUCUCUUGAAGACGAGUAAAUAUUCCUGAAGGACAUUCAGCGUGACCUGAACUGAGAAACCAGUGUGUUAUUUAUUCUUGAAAGACAAUGUAGGCUUUAAACCUUUGGUACUGGCAGGGUAUUAUGUGAUCAGGCCGAUUGCAAAGCUGAACAUUAGCUGGAGCAACAUUUCCGUGGUCACCACCAUCACCUCGAGAAAACCUGGCCUCACUCCACUUUUCCCCAUCCACUGUCCCCUCCACGUCCAUCUUAAAACACAUCCUGCUUGCACCCAACAACAAUAGAACUGUCUAAAGAGAGAGAAGACAGCCUGCUCUGUUCUCUGUCCUCUACCUGCACUGACCUGUUUGCAAGUGUGCUGUGAGCCAGCACACACACACACACAAAAAACAAACUUGUGCAUAAAAGCAGACACUAGGAAACUCAAAUUUGCACAUACUCUCCCUGAGGCACGCUCGCACUUAGUCACAGUCAGACCGCACACAAAGGACGUCCUUGUGAGGCCACAACAAAAGAGCAUGCCAUGGGGAGAGGGAGAGAAGUCUGUGCCCUCUGCACCCACUGUGCCUAGAAGAGUGUGUGAAUGUGCGUGUGUGUGUGUGUGUUAGCAUAAAAAAAAAACAGACUGUGUCGGUAUUCCUCCCACCGGGGAGAGAGCCACUUGAUGUAACUAUAGCAGCUCUCCGAGUUUUUUUCCAAGGCGAGAUGACAGCUCCUCCUUGUGAGGAGACUUGAUUGUUACAAAUAAAAAACUUGUCCUGUCCUUUAGCUACACCCCUCAUCACAGUUUGCAUCUCAAACUGGAUGUGCUGAAGCAGGGCGGCAUGUAACAGCGACACAGUUCUGCAUGUGCCAGUACGUAUCUUUUGAACGGUGCUUGAAAACCUGCCAUCACAUCAGUGUGACUGAACCAAAAAAAAAAAAGCGGUGGUGAAACUGAGAGGAAAGGUAUUAGGAGGUAAACAUUCCUGUAACAUGUGACCUAGAAUUGAAGUGUAAAAGUCAGAUGUGUUUGUUUUUGGGGGUGUGGGGCGCGUUUGUUCUCUCGCCCUUUCCACAAAAGCACAGAUUUAAAAGCUGUAGAUUUACCGGAGCUUAGCAGCAGCAGGUCGAUUUUACCUGCUCGCUCUGACCUCUGCUGAUUUAAGGAAUGACGGUUAAUCACGUGGGAGAGACUGAAACAGACAUAACAGCUCUGUACCACGUCCAUGCAGCCUUUCUUCAUUCCACUGUUUAACUCCUUAGCAAUAUUUGAAAUUCACUUCUGGAGUUUUUAACUUUUGCACAAUCAAAAAACUGAAUAAAAAACAUGAAUAUAUGACGUUUUGUUCAUGUGGCAGCGCCGGGUGAUGAAACUGUCAGGUUGUCCCUUUAAAUGCACGAUACGAGCGGCCUAAUGUGGACACAGGAUGUAACUAAUUAUUUAAUAGUGUUGUAGAGUUGGAGAUAGUUGGGGGAUGAUUUUAAUCUGAAUGCAUCUUUGUGCUUUUGACAGUAUAAUCCUUUUUUAAACCUGUUUACAUGUCAAUAGAUCUUAAAUUCUGCGUCACAUAUGCAGUAAAUCAUGUUGACGCGAGUGAAGGCAGGGCUCUGCAUUCAGUUAACGCUAAUAUUACUAAACACCACAGAGGAAAUACUCGAGGGUUGAGGUGGAGAAAAAGUAAAGUGGUGAUCGUUAGUGUACUUUUUUGUCAUUUAUAACUCGUUAUAAUGACAAAUAAGUUAUUAUGAUAUUUAACUAGUCUUUCUCUUGGAGUUAUUAAAGUGUCAUAAGUGAAAGGUCCUGAGAUAUGAAGCUGUGUGUGUAUGUGUGUGUGUGUGUGUGUGUCUUUGCCCUCAACGUGAAAUCACUUCAGGUACGUGAACAACGGGCACGGACAUACAGAAUGCGUGUGUCAUCAGAGUGAGCAGCUAUUUGAAUGGUGUACUAGUGAAGGUGAAGAUAUUUGUGAAUGUGUUUUUGCUGACAGAAUUAUGUCUGAACAAAGAAUGUGAGCGUGAGAUAUUUUCUUAUGUCCCCAACUGUUCAUUUUUAGUAUUGUUUGUUUGUAUGAAGGAGGAACAAGCAGAGAGCUGUAUAGAAAUAAAGCAAAGUGGCAUUUACAAAUAAAGCUUCAGUCAAA